GACUGCACAUGGCAUCUCCUCUUCCUGUGAGGUGAUGGCAGCUUCUGGACACUCUAUGUGGAAAUGUCUAGAGGAUUUCUCCCAGGAGGUUAGAGAACUCCAAGUUACUGACAGCAUCCCUUACCUGGAAGAACCUCCUUCUCCAUUGGAAUUUUAUCGAGAAUGGCUGUGCCCAAACAGACCCUGCAUCAUCCGCAAUGCUCUGAGCCACUGGCCAGCACUCCACAAGUGGACUGCCGAUUACCUACGGACACAUGUAGGUUCUAAGGUUGUGAGCGUGGCCGUAACCCCAAAUGGCUAUGCUGAUGCCGUGUACGACGAUAGGUUUGUCAUGCCUGAGGAGAGAUCACUGCUAUUAGCAGAUGUUCUAGAUAUCAUAGAGAAGAAGAAGAAGCCCCCAGGUGUGUUUUACAUCCAGAAACAAUGCUCCAAUCUCACAGAAGAGUUCCCUGAGCUCCUGGGGGACAUGGAGAGCCACAUACCAUGGAUGAGCGAGGCGCUGGGAAAAAUGCCAGAUGCUGUUAACUUCUGGCUCGGAGAGGCCGCAGCAGUGACCUCCUUGCAUAAAGAUCACUAUGAGAACUUGUACUGUGUGAUUUCUGGGGAGAAACAUUUUAUCCUUCAUCCUCCAAGCGAUCGCCCUUUUAUCCCAUAUGAAAUGUACCAGCCAGCGACAUACCAGGUUCAUGAAGAUGGAUCGUUUCAAGUGUUGGACCAAGAAGGAGCAGAGAAGGUUCCUUGGAUUCCUCUUGACCCACUGGACCCAGACUUGAAUCUGUACCCAGAAUAUGAAAAGACAAGACCUUUGUACUGUACGUUGAGAGCAGGGGAAAUGCUUUAUCUGCCUUCUCUUUGGUUUCACCACGUCCGUCAGUCUCACGGCUGCAUUGCUGUGAAUUACUGGUAUGACAUGGAAUAUGAUAUUAGAUACCACUACUUCCAACUUGUUGAUGCUCUCACUAAGGUCGUAGGAAGUGUGAGGUGAUCAGGAUGGAGAGUGUGGGAAUGAUCGCAGCCUCCUGUUAAGGUUAAAAUGCUCAGUGUUCUCUACGUUAUAAUGAAAAAGACGUGCCAAUAAGGUUUAUUGCAAGGAAAAGCCCAAGGACGCUUCAAGACUCCUG